GCAACUCCAUGUAACUUUCAAGAUAUCAAAAUAGUGAUAGAGCAGAAACUUGGCAAGGAUUUACAUAGCAUAUUCCUGGAAUUUGAUGAACAUCCGAUUGCUGCUGCAUCAAUUGCUCAGGUUCAUCGAGGUCGGUUGAAUAAUAAUCAGGAAGUAGCUGUGAAGGUUCAAUAUCCUGGGCUUGAGCGGCGCAUGAAGAUAGACAUAAUGACUAUGUCUUUCUUGUCAAAAUCUGUCUCUUGGAUUUUUCCUGAUUAUAGGUUUGAGAAGUUAUUGACCGAGUUUGAGAGAACCAUGUCAAUGGAACUAGAUUUUACCCAAGAGGCUAAGAAUUCUGAGAGAACAGCUAGCUGCUUCAGGAAAAAUAAUGUUGUCAAAGUACCUUGCGUGUUUUGGGAACUAACAAGCAAGGAGGUUUUGACAAUGGAAUUUUGUUCUGGCUACAAGGUUGAUAACUUGGACUCCCUAAGGAAAGCAGAUAUCAGUCCAACAAAGGUAGCUGAAACAUUAAUUGAAUUGUUUGGCGAAAUGAUUUUUGUACAUGGUUUUGUUCAUGGCGAUCCUCAUCCUGGAAAUAUAUUAGUUUCUCCUCAAGGCCAAGGGAAAUUUUCAUUAGUGCUGCUUGAUCAUGGAAUUUAUAAAGAAUUAGACCAAAAGUUCAGAUUGGACUAUUGUCAGCUGUGGAAAGCGUUGAUAUUGUUGGAUUCUCAAAAAAUUCUGGAGUUAGGUGAACAGUUUGGUGUUGGCAAAUAUGCUAAGUACUUUCCCGUAAUAUUCACUGGGAGGACUAUCGAAAGGUACAUGCUUAUGACCUUUUCCCAACAAAGCCUGAUGCGUACUUGUCAAAACUGUAAAAAUGUGGAAAAUCAUUUCAGUCAUUCAGAUAUUAUUGGAUUCUUUGAAAUAAGAAGAAAAAGAACAGCAAAAGAUGAGCAUGUAUUCAUAUUCUAUAGUACUUUACCCAUUUAUUCUUUGACUGAAAAAGCCUGCACGGACUGUGUUCUGUAUCUAAUAAAAUUAUUUGACUUGAGUAAAGUUGAUGACUUUGAAGCAAGGUUGGAGCUUGGUCAUUGUCAGCAUCUUGUGCUAAGCCGCAAGUUUUGUAGGAUCACUCAGCAUAAUGAGUUAAUGACACAGAUGACCAUGCAUGGCAUACACAGUAUGAUGACAAUUUUCUUCCAUCUUGUUUGUCAUCCGAAAAUUUGUCAUGAAACCGAAGACUUCAUUCAUAGCAAAUCAGUAUUAGUCGGAGCCCAAAUUUUGUGUUUACAUAUAAUUGAGGUGUGAUUACAAUUCAUCAGCAUCAGGAUCCCAGGUUCUAAGUU